CCCUCCCUCGCCCAGCGUAACGGGUUUGCAAGCACGCAGUGCCACACCAUUGCACAGCAGCUACACACAGCAGCGGAAGCAUGCUUCCUCGUCGAGGUUACGAGCCCGUCGACGAUGUAGAUGAGGAUAGCGCACCAGAUAUGCAGGCGGCUGCCGCCAGCGAGCGCGAUGACGAUCAUCAUGUCCAAGAAGAACUGUCCGCUCUUUGCUGUUCCGUUCCAGCGGCAGCAGCAACGGGAGGCAAGGGGAACGGCAGUGAUGGAGUGAAUUCAAGAACAGCAGAAGCUGGUGAGGUUCGCAGCGAUGACGAGGAUGACGACGGGAGGAUGACGGUCAGGGUGCUGGACGUCAGGGGGCAGUUUUAUCCACUCCGCGUCACGCCGGAGACAUCGGUGCGGGAGCUGAAGCUCAUGUUGGUUGACGCGGCUGGGGUGGAGGUGCCGAGGCAGCGCAUCAUCCAUGGCGGAAAGGUGGGGAUCAACCUUGUGUUGAAGCAAGGUUCAGCAUCCAACCUGCACUGA